ACUCUAACAAACAUCCAUCUAAACUUUCGCAUUUAUAAUAUUAGUAAGACAUAAACUUUAUUAAAUAAUGUUUAUCGUGUCCCCUGCAUUUUUUGUAUCAUUAUAUACCAUACUAGCGGUUGUUCGCGACUUCGUCUUGGCGGAAUUAAAAAAAAUCUAUUAUAUACUAUGUUACUAAGGGUUAACAUGACGCUCCGGGGACGGCGGCGAAUAGAAUGACAUUUAGUCUGUCAAAAUCGGUUCACGUAUUUAUCGUACGCGCGAUUUGCAUUUGCUAUCCCUCUCAUUGUCAUCGACUAAAUAGAGACAGCAAUAUACGUAAGUGACACAGCAAGAAGUAAGCACAUCAAACAUGACUUGCAAUUUUAUCAUUGAUUUUUUCGCGCGUCGACUCACGGAGUCUCAACCAUCUCAAAUCCAUACCAGAAUAGACAAACAUUAUCGUGAUAUAAAACGUAAAAAUAUCAUGCUGAUAUAAAUAUUUAGCCAUAUAAAUAUGUUGGAUGUCACUUCAUACGAUCACUUCUGAACAGUGUAGCCUUCAUCAUGUUGUCUUACAUUGUAACUGGGCUUUUCAUACUUUUGUUAAGUUUGUACUAUUACGUAACCAGAACGUUCGGUUACUGGACAUCUCGUAAUGUCGCCGGUCCUAAACCUAAACCUCUAUUUGGUAACAUCAUGGAAUCCGCACUACGGAAGAAAAAUAUCGCACUUAUUAUGCACGAAAUAUACCAAGACUAUCCUAAAGAGAAGCUGGUCGGUAUUUACAGGAUGACCACACCUUGUGUAUUAGUAAGAGACUUGGAGGUAAUCAAGCAUAUAAUGAUUAAAGACUUUGAUAUGUUUGAAGAUCGAGGAAUAGAGUUCAGUAAGGAAGGAUACGGUGCUAAUUUAUUCCAUUCGGACGGAGAAACAUGGCGUGCGUUAAGGAAUCGUUUCACUCCGAUAUUUACUUCUAGAAAACUAAAGAAUAUGCUGUAUUUGAUGACUGAUCGUGGUGACAAAUUCGUACAAGGUAUUGAAAGAAUAGUUAAGGAUGAACCAGAACAAGCUGUGCUCAAGCAUGUCCAACUUUACACGAUAGCGACAAUAUCAGCAUGCGCCUUCGGUAUUGACAUCGAUAAGUUGGGAAAAACACUUGAUUCUUUGUUCAAAUUAGAUGAAAUGGCAUUAAAUACUAAUUAUUUCUCCGAAUUGGAUAUGAUGUUUCCAGGUAUUUUGAAACAUAUGACUUACACCAUCUAUCCAGCGUUAGCUCGAGAAAUUUUCGACGGUAUAAUCAAGAAUGUUAUAACAGAAAGAAACGGGAAACCGAGUAAUAGAAAUGAUUUUAUCGAUCUUAUCCUAGCAUUGAAAGAGAAAGGUGAAAUCGAAGCUUCCAGAACUAAUACGGAAGAUAAAAUAAAGCCGCUUGAACUGACAGAAAGUGUCAUGGCCGCACAAGCGUUCAUAUUCUUCUUAGGUGGUUACGAAACUAGUUCAACUACUAUGACAUUUAUGAUGUAUCAAUUGGCUUUAAACCCUGAUAUCCAGAAUAAAAUGAUAGAAGAAAUCGUUGACCCGUUGCAUAGGAAUGCGAAACACGAUUAUAAAGUGCCGGGAACUGACGUAGUGAUACAAAAAGGUCAGACAGUGUUGGUCUCACCUCGCAGUUUGCAUUACGAUGAGCAGUAUUACCCAAAUCCACAUAAGUUUGAUCCGGAGAGAUUCUCCCCGGAAGCAGUUGGGGAGAGACACUCUUGUGCGUAUAUACCGUUUGGCGUUGGACCGAGAAAUUGUAUCGGUAUGAGAUUCGCGAAAGUUCAAUCGAGAGUGUGUCUACUGAAAUUCUUUUCGAAGUUUCGAGUUGAAGCGACGAAGCAUACUCCCAAAGUUAUCAAAUACGAUCCUAAAAGAACGACUGUGUCACCUGUAGGGGGAAUACCACUUAAUAUUAUACGCAGAAAGUAAAAUUAUAUUAAAAACCUGACUGAGAUGAGAGACCAAUGCCAUCUAUUGGCUGCAUUUUAUAACAGACUUUUUAAAAUCAAAAUUUAAACUGUCAAAAUAAAUUUUAUUGUCAUAAAACACUUUCUUAUUUUAGAAUAAACUCGAAAAAAUGAAAAAACAAGUUUUCCUUGUUGUAAAAAAAGUCGUAACGAGCAAGAUUGGAAGUCGUUUUACACUAUUUUAAAUUUUACUUCUAAAAUAUGUGUUCUGUGGAGAUGUAAUAUAUCUUAUGACACUCCUGGGAAGAAUAGGAAUCAAAUGACACCUUAUUCAUAAAAAUCAGUUCAGUCGUUUAGGCUGUAAACCAUUACAAAGUCAUUCAAGAGAGAAAAUAUAUACUUUGUCAGUCGGGUAAAAAUCAUAUAUUUGUAUUUUUUUACAUUUACUGUCGCACUAAUUUUUUUUACUAAGUAAGACAGCCUUUUCUUUGAAAUGGGUUUAUUUGGGUUAUUAUUUUUAUACGUGGAUCUUUUCAAACGAAUACUGCACGAAUUUAUGGAAUAUUGUAUUUUUUAUUUGGGUUUUAAUAAAAGC